GGUAGGUCAAGGGUCAUUGUAUGAGUGAGCGUACCCUUCACUACAAAAAGACUAGCCAUAUUGCACUUGUCCUCUCGUUCCUCUCUCUCUUGAUUCUUUUUCUCUUUCUCUCUCUAACUGCUCUAUAAUUUGUACUCUCUUCUACAAUAUUCUCCGUAAACAUUCCACUCUAAUAAAAAAUAACAAACUCACAAUGACACAAACAACCUCUUCAGAAACAACCGCAACAACAACCACAAGUUGUUGCAACUCCUCCACGUCUUCCACUUCUUCACAUUCAACCCAAAACCAAAGCCCAACAAAAAAGCCCAAAAGGCCCAAACUGGACAACAAACACCCAACCUACCACGGCGUUAGGAAACGCAAUUGGGGUAAAUGGGUAUCCGAAAUUCGCGAACCAAGAAAGAAAUCACGAAUUUGGCUUGGAACAUUCUCAACACCAGAAAUGGCAGCAAGAGCACACGACGUAGCAGCUUUAACAAUUAAAGGAAAAACCGCAAUUCUUAAUUUUCCAAAUAUAGCUGAAAUGUUACCUAGACCUGCCACGUCAGCACCACGUGACAUUCAAGCUGCUGCAACUGCUGCUGCUUCUAUGGUUAAUUUGGACCCACCUGCCGUGCACGUGACUUCUACUCCGUCUUGUUCUGACUCUGAAGAAGAACUUGGUCAGAUUGUUGAACUUCCUAGAAUUGAAGAAGGUGAAGAUGACUCGGUUGACUCGGCUGCUGAGUUUGUUUUACUUGACUCGGUUGAUACUGAUGGUAAUUGGCUUUGUCCAGCUACACCAAUUGGGUUUGAAGGAAUUGAAUUCUAUGCCACUUAUUCUGAUGAGUUUUUGUUACCCUUUUGGGAUUGAAAUCAAGGGUUGUUUUCAAUUUCAACAAAUUGCCCACUUUUCCAACAUUAAUUUUAAAUUGCCACUGCGACACAAUGUCAAAUACAAUUGAGAUUGCACUUGUGAUAUUGUUGUCCCAUUUAAUACUGUAAUAUUUUAGUGUACACUGUACUUUCAUACAUUAUUACUUAUGAUCUUAGGUAACUAUAAUUGGAAUUGAACCUGUUCUUUUUGCCCUGCAUAGUCUUUGAUGGCUUCCUCUUUUUUUUUUUUUGGUGAAGGGUGAUGGCUUCCUCUGUUUACAAGAAACGGACAGUGUGAAUGUAAAUAAGUGUCUGCCACAUUUAAUAUAAGUAUUUAAUUUAUAUAUUGUC